AUGGAGGCGUCCGAGCGCACUUUUCAUCUUUUCCCUCGGCUGCCGGCUGAGUUACGGCUGGCGAUCUGGCGCGAAUGCCUCCCACGCCGCGUUUCUGAGCUCGAGGCUCCACUAUCUGACGACGUCUUUGACUGGAUCAGACGGUCACCGUCUACCUGGAACAAACCGUUACCGUGCGACUUGACGCACACGUCGUUCGCGAAUCAAUGCCGGCCCAUGAUCGCUCUCGUGUGCCGCGAGUCACGAGCCGUGGUCUUGGAGAAUGGUUUCUAUAUGGGCGAGGCUGAUGACUUUCCAUACCCCGAUGAAGUUGACUGGAUAGGUUGGUGCGAGCUUAAGCAAUGGAUCGAUCCUACACGAGAUUUGUCCCAUCUGAACUAUUGCCCUGGUAACGAAGCCCUCUGGUACAUCGAUGGCAACCCUCUCGUCGACCUUGCCUGGCAGGCCACCUGGGUGCAUCGUGGCGGCUCCCUUCGGCUGCCACUACUUGGGUAUUGUGACACAAAAGACCUAAAAAUUUUACAAAAACAACCUAGCUGGAUAGUUGUUAUGCGGGUGUUUGUGGUGCACGCGAGCCGGAGAUUCGGGGCGGUAUCGGGCAUGUUCGGGCUCUUGGGUGAUGCGCCCGUGCAAGUUGUCGAUGUAGCCGACCAGGCGAGAGUGACGGCCCUCUUUGACUUAGCCGAGGAAUGCGAGCGUAAAGGCAACGCUAAGGUCCGUCAAAAGUUCCGCAGAGAAACUCCAGAGUCUCUUUCGCAGGAGUUACAAGACGUCGUGAAGCGGCGAUUCAGAUCCCAACAAGCGCCGAAAAUGCAUCCAGCUCUUAUGUUUCGACUUUGUACGAAGAUGUGCAACCACUUAGAUCCAGCAGAUGAUGGAUGUCCUUGA